AGACGAGGCUUCAAAUCAAAAGCUAUGUUUCCAGUGCUUCUGUUAUCGGGGUUUCUCACCUUCACCUUGAGUGUCCCUCUUGAGUAUGUCUUUGUGAAUGAAUCCAAGACUUGGACAGAAGCUCAGAGAUACUGCAGAGAGAAAUACACUGAUCUGGUGACCACUGAAAAUGUACAACAGAGGGUCCAGUUGAUCGACACAGUGAAUAAUGAUUCCAUUGAUUUGGCCUGGAUUGGACUCUAUGAUGAUCUGAACAGUUGGAAAUGGACUCUAGAGGACAGUGAUUUCUUCAAAGUGGGAGAGAAAGACUUCAGGAACUGGUAUAACCCAGGACCAGAUAAUUAUGGAGGACAAAGUCUGUGUGUGUAUAUGAACAUGUACAAUGGCAUAUGGUAUACAUCAUACUGUUUCAAUUAUCGUAGUUUUAUCUGCUAUGAUGGAAGACAGAAUGCCAGUUCUAGUUAUGUCAUGGUUUAUCAGUAUACAAACUGGACUGAAGCUCAGAGAUACUGCAGAGAACAUCACACAGACCUUGUCAGUAUCAGGAAUGAGAGUGAAAACCAGAAGAUCCAGUAUUUAUUAAGGAAUCAUUAUUAUUAUGAUGUUUGGAUUGGACUAUACAGAACCAGAUCUUGGUCAGAUCAGAGCAACUCUUCAUUCAGUAACUGGAGGACAGGACAGCCAGAUAAUGCUGGAAACAGUGAAUACUGCACUGCAGUGUCAUUCAGUGACUCUGGGAAAUGGACUGAUAAAUACUGCAAUGACAGAUUUGCUUUCAUUUGCUACAGUGUGUCAUCUUUGACAUCAUCCCGUCAGUAUCACUUUGUGAAUGAGUCUAAGACCUGGACUGAAGCUCAGAGACACUGCAGACAGAAUUACACUGAUCUGGCCACCAUUGAUAACAUGGAGGAAAUGAACAGACUGAUUAACACAGUUAAUGGGAGUUACAAUGGUUCAGCCUGGAUUGGACUGUAUGAUGAUGUGAACAGCUGGAGAUGGUCACUGGAAGACAAUGAUUUCUAUCAGGAAGGAGAGAGAGAUUUCAGAAACUGGUAUCAUGAACCGGACAACAAUGGUGGGAAGGAACUGUGUGUUUACAUGGAUUAUAAUGGCAAAUGGUAUGAUAUAUCAUGUGACAACCUGCUGCCAUUCGUUUGCUAUGAUGGUAGAGGGAAUGCCACACAGAGUUACAUCAGAAUCAGUGAUAGGAAAACCUGGUCAGAGGCUCGUAGAUACUGCGGAGAUCAUUACACAGAUCUUAUCAAUAUGAGAAAUCAGACUGAGAACCAGAGGAUCCUUGAGACAGCAGGUGGAGGAGUCUGGAUCGGACUGUACAGAAACAGAAUUUGGUCAAAUGGUCAGAUUACCAAAUAUGAAGAUUGGAGACCAGCCAUUCCCCAUUCACAACAACAACCAGAUAAUGGUUUAUAUGAUUAUGACCAGUGGGUUUUUCAGUACUGUACUGCUGUAUCAUUCAGUCAUUCAGGCCGAUGGACUGAUGACAACUGCUUAUCCAGCAUGCCUUUCAUCUGCUACAAGAAAACCUGCACACAAUCUUCAUGCACCCAUCAGUAUCACUUUGUAUCGGAAUCUAAGACCUGGACUGAAGCUCAGAGAUACUGCAGACAGAAUUACACUGAUCUGGCCACCAUUGAUAACAUGGAGGAAAUGAACAGACUCUUUAAAACAGUGCGCAGGACUUACGGUAAAGCUUGGAUUGGUCUGUAUGAUGAUAUGAACAGCUGGAGAUGGUCUCUGGAUAAUACAGCAUUAGAGGGAGGUUUUAAAAGCUGGUUUGUUCAGCAACAAGUGAAUUCAGGUGGAAAGAGUCUGUGUGUGUAUAUGUCAUAUUAUUGGGGAACAUGGAGUGAAGCAUCUUGCUACUAUACACUUCCAUUUGUUUGCUAUGAUGGAAGAGUGAAUGCUACUGCAAGUUAUGUGUAUGUUUCUCAAUACAAAAACUGGACUGAAGCUCAGAGUUACUGUAGAGAACAUCACACAGACCUCAUCAGUAUCAGGAAUGAGACUGAAAACAUCAAACUUCAGACAUUAUUUCGAUAUUAUUCCUCUUUUUGGAUUGGACUAUACAGAACCAGAUCUUGGUCCGAUCAGAGCAACUCUUCAUUCAGUAACUGGAGGACAGGACAGCCAGAUAAUGCUGGAAACAGUGAAUACUGCACUGCAGUGUCGUUUAGUUACUCUGGGAGCUGGACAGAUGAAAACUGCAACACUGCAUUACCUUCCAUUUGCUACAGUGCAUCAGCAUCAUCCCGUCAGUAUCACUUUGUGAAUGAGUCUAAGAGCUGGACUGAAGCUCAGAGAUACUGCAGACAGAAUUACACUGAUCUGGUCACCAUUGAUAACAUGGAGGAAAUGAACAGACUGAUUAACACAGUUAAUGGGAGUUACAAUGGUUCAGCCUGGAUUGGACUGUAUGAUGAUGUGAACAGCUGGAGAUGGUCACUGGAAGACAAUGAUUUCUAUCAGGAAGGAGAGAGAGAGUUCAGAAACUGGUAUCAUGAACCAAGCAAGACAGCAAAUGAACUCUGUGUUUACAUGGAUCAUAAUGGAAACUGGUUUGAUUAUUCAUGUGACAACUACUUCUCAUUUGUUUGUUACAAUGGUAGAGUAAAUUCCUCUCAGAAAUAUGUUCUGGUAACUGAGGGGAGGACCUGGUCUGGAGCUCAGAGCUACUGCAGAGAGAAAUACACAGAAUUGGCCAGUGUGAGGAAUGAGACAGAGCGGCAACAGAUACUGAAUAUAACACGUUAUUAUUAUAGUUAUGGGUAUUAUUAUGGGUAUAAUGUAUGGAUUGGUCUGCACAGAAACAGACUGUGGUCAGAUCAGAGCAACUCUUCAUUCACAUAUUGGCUGCCAUGGACUCAAGGUGUUGCUGCACAACCAGAUAAUGGUGAUAAUGUCCCAGGAGAGCAGGGAUCUCAACACUGCACAGCUGUGUCUUUACAAUAUUUUGGCCAGUGGACAGAUGAGAGCUGCUAUGCCAGUUUGCCUUUCUUCUGUUACAGUGGUGAGAAAAUACACUGUACCUACAGUACUAUAAUGAAAUAA